UUGGCCGUGCCGGCCGCCGGUCAUCGAUGCUGCGACUGCGCGUUCUCGGUGCCGGCUUUAAAGCCGCCGGCGUGUCCAUCCCUUGCAGCCGGCCGUUCUGGGACUUUGCUCCGUGUCCCGGCUGCCUCCGCUCGGCCUACCCCUGCUUCCAGUCCCCGCUCAGUCGCAGCGAGCGGGAGCCGCUUUCACCCAGCUCCGACUCGCUCCUUUUAGCGCGGUCACACGCCACCAUGGCAGCCCAGAGCAUGGCCAAGAGGAUGGUCUGGGUGGAUCUGGAGAUGACUGGAUUGGAUAUAGAAAAAGAUAAAAUCAUAGAAAUGGCAUGCAUUAUAACUGAUGCAGAUUUGAAUAUUUUAGCUGAGGGUCCACACUUGAUUGUUAACCAACCAAAUGAGCUAUUGGAUGGCAUGUCAGAGUGGUGUACAGAACAUCAUGGAAAGUCAGGCCUCACACAGGCAGUGCGUGAUAGCAAGAUCAGCCUGCAGCAAGCAGAAUAUGAAUUUCUGUCUUUUGUACGUCAGCAUACGCCACCAGGCCUCUGUCCUCUUGCAGGAAAUUCAGUCCAUGCUGAUAAAAAGUUUUUGGACAAGUAUAUGCCACAGUUCAUGAAGCACUUGCAUUACCGAAUAAUAGAUGUUAGCACUAUCAAAGAAUUGUGCAGACGCUGGUAUCCAGAUGAAUAUGAAGACGCACCAAAGAAGAAAGCAUCACAUCGAGCACUAAAUGACAUCCGUGAGAGCAUCAAAGAGCUACAGUUUUACAGGACACAUAUAUUUAAAGAAACUAAAGCAGAUGAGAAGAAAAGAAAAACUCAUCUAGAAAAUGGUGACAAUAACCAGCAAGAGAGCUAGAACUAAAGGAUUGGCUGACAUCUGGAAAGCUCAUCCAGAAAAUUCUAUGCCUGUUUACAUUUUUUGCUUCCAGUCAAGUGUUGGACACUUGAAAGUAAGCUCUUUUGUGACAUGUAGUGGUUAAAAGCAGUAUCUAAAUUUCUUUCUGUUGUGUUUAGCCCUUUUUAGUUGGACUUCAAUCAAAUUUGUAAUAAAGCCAGUCAAGGCUUCAUUUUGUUUCUUGCAGUUGGAGUCUUUGGCCUAUAGAUCAACACAACAGCAUUAUUUUAGAACACCGCUGCUUUUUUUAUUUCACAUUUUUCCCAUUUAAAUGCAUAAUAAAUCUGACCAUUUUCUGCUUCAAUUUCUAAUUCAGAUUUCAAUUUCAAUGUCUUUGGAAUGAUUUGGUUUACAAUUAUUUGCAAUUUAGAAUUUAUUACUGCAUAUGGUGUGACUUCCUUGUUUCUUUGUUGCUGAUUUCAACUUGCCAGAAACUAGUUAACAUUUAAUCAUGUUGAAAUAGUGUACAUAGCAUUUCUGAUUUGACUAACAAAUAGUGUAAACACUCUGUAAACCCUUCAUUAUCCUCAACUUUGUUAGCACAUUGCAUGAAAUUUAAAAAUUAAACCUUGAAAAUGCACUAUUUUUAUGCAAAAUAAACCCUGCCUGUUACAGCAAAA